CGCCAGUCCCGUGCCCAGCCGGCCGCUGGUGGCCGCUGGUGGAUAUGUCCAGCUCCUGCUUCGACGAGCGCGAGAUUCUCCUCGCGUGCCUGUCCGAAUCGCCCUGCAUCGCAGCGGGCAAGCCCAUCAGCGUGUGCAUCGAGGAGGAUGAGGCUUGCCGCUUCAAGCGCGUCGCCCUCAUGCACUGCAAGCGCGGCCAGCUCGACAUGCGAAAGAGGAUCAAGGGCAACUUUGUGGGCAACGAGACGGCGGAGGACGACAAGGCAGAGAUGUCGACAAAGCGGAAAGGCGCGGGCGAUGACGAGUUAUGACAGGAGGCUGCUGACUGUGCGUGCCAACGGGGAAGCCGGACAUGGCUGGCGCUGGUCAACGCUGUUGGCUUGCCGAGCCUUGGGAGCCGCGCAAAGAGCCCAAGCUCUGCACGGUCGAUGUGGACGUAUCAAUCUGUGCGGCACCGUCUAUAAUAAGCGCGAGCCCCAACUCCUAGUCAGUGUGUGAGUCUCUCUUCCCCUUGUGGGUAGAACGCUAGCUGGCACGCGAGACCGUCACAUACGGAAUCCGAAUCGUGACGGCGGCGAGAAAAAACGACGGCGGGGAACGGGUAUACAGUAGGGUAUGUAUGUAACUAGUGAGACGAUUGUUUGGGG